CGGGUGGGAGCGAGGCAGUUUCCCCCCACCCCAGCCAUGAAUCCCAACUGUGCUCGCUGCGGGAAGAUCGUUUACCCCACCGAGAAGGUGAACUGCCUCGAUAAGUUCUGGCACAAAGCCUGCUUCCACUGUGAGACCUGCAAGAUGACCCUCAACAUGAAGAACUACAAAGGCUACGAGAAGAAGCCCUACUGCAACGCGCACUACCCCAAGCAGUCCUUCACCAUCGUGGCAGACACCCCCGAGAACCUGCGCCUGAAGCAGCAGAGUGAGCUCCAGAGCCAGAUCCGCUACAAGGAGGAGUUCGAGCGGAGCAAGGGGAAGGGCUUCAGCGUGGUCGCAGACACCCCCGAGCUGCAGAGGAUCAGGAAGACUCAGGACCAGAUCAGCAACAUCAAGUACCAUGAGGAGUUUGAGCGCAGCAGGAUGGGACCCAGCCCCAGCGAGGGUGCGGAGCUGGAGCGCAGCAACCCCCAGGAGAGCAACUACAGGAGACCUCCAGAGCAGCAGCAGCAGCACCAGCAGCAGCCACACCACAGCCAGCCCAGCAACCAGGCCUACCAGCAGCACCAGCAGCAGCCUCCCCCUCAGUCCUACGGCUACAAGGAGCCAGCAGUGCCCAGCUCCACGCAGCGCAGUGCCCCUGCUGCAGGGGGGAAGCGUUUCCGUGCUGUCUACGACUACACAGCAGCAGAUGAGGACGAGGUCUCCUUCCAGGACGGGGACACCAUCAUCAACGUGCAGCAGAUCGACGAUGGGUGGAUGUAUGGCACCGUGGAGCGCACGGGCGACACGGGCAUGCUGCCUGCCAACUACGUGGAGGCCAUCUGAGCCUGGGCACAGGGCACACGGGCUCAGAGGGGGCUGCCAGCACCUUGCCAUCCCCCCCUCCCCCCAGCCCAGCUCUCUCUCUCUCUCUCUCUGUCUGUCUCUAUGUGUGUGUGAGUGAGAGGCUCUCUGCGCCCCACCCCCAGCAGCUCUUCUCCUGCCUGCCCUAAGGGGAGGUUGCCCACUCUGCUGGUGCCACCUGGCAUCACUGCCUGCUCCUGCAGCUGCCCUCCUGGGUGUCUGUGCCACUCCAGCAGCGCUCAGGCUGGAGCUGGGUACCUUGCUGGGUGUCUGUGCCCCUCCAGCAGCUCUCAGGAUGGAGCUGGGCACCUUCCUGGGUGUCUGUGCCCCUCCAGCAGCUCUCAGGCUGGAGCUGGGUACCUUCCUGGGUGUCUGUGCCCCUCCAGCAGCUCUCAGGCUGGAGCUGGGUACCCUCCUGGGUGUCUGUGCCCCUCCAGCAGCUCUCAGGCUGGAGCUGGGUACCUUCCUGGGUGUCUGUGCCCCUCCAGCAGCUCUCAGGCUGGAGCUGGGUACCUUCCUGGGUGUCUGUGCCCCUCCAGCAGCUCUCAGGCUGGAGCUGGGCACCUUCCUGGGUGUCUGUGCCCCUCCAGCAGCUCUCAGGCUGGAGCUGGGUACCUUCCUGGGUGUCUGUGCCCUAAGGGGGAGUUGCCCACUCUGCUGGUGCCACCUGGCAUCACUGCCUGCUCCUGCAGCUGCCCUCUGGGUUUCUUGUGCCAGUUGAGGUUUGGUUGUGGCUGUGUUGGCACUGAGGGA